UGGUUUCUCAGGAACAAGUGUGACCUUGCUGUUUGAGAAGUUCCAUCUGUAGACUGCUAUAGCAACUUCCAUAGGAGACAUCUAUUUACCCAUUCAGGAGAAAAAUCCCACUGAAUGGCUGAGCAAGAAGGGGAAAAAAGCAACCAGAGCAGGAAAAUGGGACUGGGGCAAGCCGCAGAGAACCUGCUAUCAAGCAUGCAAUGCCCAAAUCACCUCAAAAGAGUGUCUAGAAGGUCUGUUCAAAAGGUAAACAAAUGCAUUCAAGUUUAUGUGGACUUGGAAGAGGAGAACCCCAGUGCAGACCUGAGCCUUUCUCCAACUGGCCUUUCCAGGAAGCUGCAGCUAUGUCCAGGGAACAUGUCACCUUCCCAGCAAGGUGUUUCCUCAUCUUCCCAAGUACAAUCUGCUCUGUCGGCUCUGCUACCACAGCUUCCAGCCCCUCCACCCUUACCCCCUGGAAAUAAAGUGCCUUUUCCACCACUUCUUGUGCCUGGCAUAAAUGCCCCAUCACUCCCACCUCUCCAGCCAUGCAGCAAUCUUGAAUGCAAUCAUCUUACUUGUGGCUGUGGGGGGCAGCCCCACCCUAAGAAAACACCAACAUUGAGGAUGAAGAUGUUUCACUGGCAGAAGCUCCCUUCUGAUGUGGUGAGACAAAGCCGCUCCAUGUGGGCUGUGUUGCCAAGCAGCAGCAAGGAACUUGUAGAGCCUGACUAUGCAAGCUUGGAGCUACUUUUCUCUGUCCCGCCAACAGCACCCAUGGAGAAAAUGAGGCCAAAAAUAAAGAAAAUAAAAGAGAUUACAUUCAUAGGUCCAAAAAAGAGUCUCCUUCUGAGUAUAUUUCUAAAGCAAUUUAAGUGCUCCAAUGAAGAGAUUGCUGCCAUGAUUCAGAAAGGGGACAGUUCCAGGUUGGACACUGAGAUACUGAAGCAGCUACUUAAACUGCUGCCUGAAGACCAUGAGAUAAAUAGCCUGAAGUCUUACAAAGAAGAAAAAACAGAAUUAGCAAAUGCAGAUCAGUUUUAUCUCCAUCUCUUGGAAGUUCCUAGCUAUCAUUUGCGGAUUGAAUGUAUGCUGAUUUGUGAGGAAACAAAAAUUCAGCUGGAGUGUCUGUGGCCAAAAGCACAAGCCAUCAGGGCAGCCUGCGAAACACUUCUUACCAGUCACCGACUGCUGGUUUUUUGCCAAUUGAUUCUUAAAGUUGGAAACUUUCUGAACUAUGGGCAUCACACUGGAGAUGCUGAAGGCUUUAAAAUUAGUGCCUUGCUCAGACUAGCAGAAACAAAAGCAAACCAAAGCCACAUUACUCUGCUUCACUAUAUUUUGGAGGAGAUUGAGAAGAACCACAGAGAUCUGCUGCAGCUUCCCAAAGAUCUUGACUUUGUUUCCAAGGCAGCAGGAAUCCACUUUGAUGCUAUGCGGGCGGAGGCAGGUGCCAAUUUGAAGAAACUGUUGGAAAUAGAGAAGCGUUUAUUUUUGUCGACAGAUGAUGUAAAAAUGCAGCAUGCAAAAUCUGUUCAAGACAGUCUUGAUGCUUCAAAGGACCUGCAGAAGGAAUUUGCCAGCAUUGAAAGGAAAAAAGAAGAACUUGCUGAUUAUCUUUGUGAAGACCGAACAAAAUUGUCUUUAGAAGAUGUUUUUAGGACAAUGAAAACCUUCAGAGAGCUCUUCCUCAAGGCCUUACAGGAAAAUCAAGAAAGAAAGGGACAAGCUGCAAAGUCUGAGAAAAGGAAAAAACAGCUUAAAGAAGAAGAUGCAAAGAGGCCAAAGAGAGAGUAUGGAAGUACAUUUAACGAAAAAUAAUUCUGAUUUUAUCAGCCAGUCUUUUCUUAACUAGGAGGAAUUUAUCUGUUUAGCUGUAGUUGAUCUAAUACAAUGGCAGUGAUUUAGCCAUGGAUGAUGCACUUGCCAUGCAGAUAGUAUAGUAAGACAUAAAUUCUCAAGUGCAUGUGAAUUCUUGGAAAAAAUCAUGAGAGGGACGUUAGAAAAAAACAUCACUUCCAAUGAGCAAGUUCCUACUAUUUUGCUUAGAGGUAGGUGAUACCCUGCUAUAGCUAUGAAUAGCUGUUGGAAGACUUUUUAGGGUGUAGAAAGUUGUAUAUACUUGAACUUCAAGCUGCACUGUGUCACUGCGGUAGGCAAGUUGUGUUACGUGUUACUGUUACCACAACAUUUUCCUUUUUCUGAUUAAAUGUCUUAUUCCUUAAAGUGGUUAUGAGUGUGCUCUAAAAGGGCGACUGUGCUUUGCUGAAGCACAGCUGAUUGACAUAAAUAUAGGAAAGCUUUUGUUGUGCUGGGCCUACCUGGGUAUAAAGCAUUUCCAGUGCUACCAUUGGCAUGUGUAUGUUUUAAAAUUCUGUUUUGGAAAAUACUUUUCAUCCACUUUUCUGGACAAUUUCUGCCAAUAACAUUUGGUUAUGAUUCUUGAUUCUUCAGAGAAUCACUGCAAAAAUGGCAUUAAUAAAUCUGAUUGGAGUUCAAGUAAAUAUUACACUAGAUGCUCACCCUCUGGAAGGCUGCAGUUUCCCUUGUAUCAGAUGUCUUUUAGCUCCUCUUUCACAGUUACUCCUUUUUAUAGUAAGAAAUAUUAUAUAGGAAAAAACUUUUAAAAAUGCAUAAGCUUCACUGAAAACUGACCAAAACAAAGCUUUCAAUAUUGUCUUGACAAUAUGCUGCACUGCAAAUAUAUUUUAUGUACUUUGUAAUCAUAACAUGCUUAAUGUAAGGCUGCAGAUUAGAACAAUAAACCUUCUUGUUGUAAAUACAGAAAAGUAAUUUAGUAUAUGGUAAAAUAAAAUUAUAAAGUGACAUUCAACAGCUGUAAAUAUUGAAGAUGUGCUUCAACCCUGCGAAGAGAAGAAGCAUCAGACCAGAAGAACCUUCCAACAUGCAAUUUAGAGGGAACUGUCAUUAUUUUUGGUCUUUUGUGAGAAGGUGGAUUUAAUUCUUGGCAUAUAAACAUAAACUUGAGAGAGCAUUUACACUGAAUUAUUUUUCCAUACUUAUUUUAGAAAGCUAUGUGUAGCACUGGUGACAAUGAGAAUAAGACAUUUUUUAAAUCUAUUUUGAUCUCCAUCAGGAUGUGGUGACAUAAAUUACAGAGUGUAUCACAUCUGGCAUGGCAAGAUGUUGGAGCACAUCUUAACAUUCUUCAGUUUAUGUAAAACCUUUUUUUUUUCUUUUUAUUUAUCAUGUAUUUAGCAAGUUAAUUAUCUUUUAUAUUAAUUUUCUGAAGGGGGGAAUGAAGAGACAGUAAAUUGGCAAGGACAGACAAAAGAGGUGAAGACAGUAGCACCCAUUGCUGAUGUAUUACUCACAGAUCACAAGGCACGGCUUGCAGCUACUCCUGAAAGACUGUUGAGAACCAAGCUGAGUCAGUUGUUACCAAAAUGUAUGUAAUUCAAAUGUAUGGCAUUGUCACGGAAUCAGUGGUCGCCUUUGGCCAGUAGGCAAUAGGUGUUAGGGAGACCCUUCCAUUGAGGCAUGAUGUUUAGAAAGCACCCCCUUGCUUUCCAGCUGAUAUUAGAGGGGCUGGGUUCAGCUGGAUCCAAUCCUAGUCUCAGACUUGGUUUAUGCCUAAGGAUUGUGUAGUGCUUGCACCUUCUUGUCCAAAUUUGUCCCUCCAACACUGUCACAUUACAAGGGAGGUUUCCUCAAACCCUUUAUAUUUGAGCAGCCUGCCAGUCUUCCAAGAAAGAUGAGAUCCUUGUGUCUGACCAGCCCAUCUGCAUCCCAUUAUGGGGAACGUACUGGA